AUGGGUGCCCAAACAACGUUCGUCAGUCGCAGUUGCCAAUAUUGCCUGCUUGCUGUUGCCGGCAUCUUCGUUUACUGUCUGGGUGUAUUCUAUGGCUCGUCUGGGGGCUUGUCAGCUUUGUCCGCGGGGCGCAGCGUGAAGAUGGUCUCUCAGGCCAUGCUCCCAGUUCAGCCGACUGUUCCAGACCCGCUCACGUCAGGCUGCAGUUGGGACAUAGUCUACCACAUGUGGACGAACUUGAGCUCAAAUGUAGGCUCUUGUGCAGAGGACAACCCAUUCGUGGAUUGCUGCAGCGAUGAACAGUGCACAGGCUUUCUGCGACAUUCGAGCCAGCAGGGGCAGUGCUACAGGUUUGCCGAGAUUCCGGAGCAGCUAUUAGCGAAAGUUUGGGUUUCUCGACCAGUGGAGCUCUUAGACUCUGCACUGCCAUCGAAAUGGAGCUUCUAUUUGAAGCGUCCCAUCAAGAAACUCUCUUCUUCCUCUCCCUCCCCCUCCCUCUCUAACUCUUCCGCCUCUGGAGCGCGCGGCGUUGAGCAACAGUUCAACGGGCAGCAGAAGAAGCAAACCAGGCCAGACGAUGAAAUUCACGUCGUGUGCACUGUGGACUGCCGUCCUUUCAAUUUGUGGCAGAGCGAGUUGCUGUUUUAUUCCGCCCUCGUAGCAGAGCAGCCCGGUCCUAUCACUGCCAUAAUAUCUGGGUGCUCCGAGUCCCUCAUCGCUUCCCUGCAGGAGCGCCACAAACUUCUCGCCUGGCCCACGCGGUUCACACAACACUUUGUCCAGACAUUUAACGAUGCACGGUCGAUGUGGUUGAGCAAGCCAUUCGGGUUCCACCAGUGGUACAGCAAAUCGGGGCCAGAAAGAGCGAUUGUGGCUUUAGUUGAUCCAGACUUUAUCCAUGGGGCACGGUGGCGGCUUUUCUUGCGUCCUCUCACCGCGGAGCUGGACACGCGGACGGCUCCACGAGACUGGGAUGGGCCAGUGCCCUCUCGAGUGCAGAAGGGUCAUGUCUUUGCCCAGCGGUACGGCAACGUGAUGCCGAAUCUAGGCAGCGGCCUUUACGAGCUAAAGUUCAAGGGGCACAACAUGAGUGAGGGCGACUUCUUGAGUUGGGUUUGUAGCGGUGACAAGGAUGGAGAUACAGGCUGCCGAGGCCUGACGCUCUACGAGAUGGGCACCUUCCACAGCAGCGGAGUGCCCUACAUACCCACCAGGACGACUGGGACUGGCUUGCGGUCGAGUGGGCCAGCAUCACCGCACGGCUGCACGAGUACGCGCCGAAGGGUUACUACGUUGAUAUGUUCAGCUGGAGUCUGGCCAACGCUCACAAACGCCGCAGGCAGCUCAUCUCGGCGGCGUGCCCAGGAGGGAAGUGAGACGGGGCAUGCCUUCUCCGAAGGCAGCGGGGCACAUCGGAAGCCCUCCGGCCUUCUGAGAAGCCCUCUGUCGCCUCGGGAGGCUUCGCAGAAGGCCGGAGGCCGUCUGAGGCUUCGGAACUGA